AUGGCGUCGCCUGACUCGAGCAACGUGAUUCCCAACGUCGCGACGGACGUCGCACCGGAAAAUGUCCAAGAAUUGGCCGAAUCGAAGAAAGAAAUGGCUAAUCACUAUUAUUCACAGAAGCAAUACAAAAAGGCACUGGUUGGCUACAAUGAAGUUAUUGAGUUGUGUCCUAAUGUAUCGCGUUAUUAUGGCAACAGAACAGCAUGUUACAUGAUGCUUGGACAAUAUCGGGAUGCGUUAGCGGAUGCUAAAAAAUGCAUUGAAUUAGAGCCAAAGUUCUCCAAAGCAUACGUAAGAGUAAUCAAGUGCUGCUUGAUCUUGGGCGACAUCGUGGAAGCCGAAACUAAAUUAAAACAGCUGCUGGAAUUCGAUCCUAAUAAUGAGUCUGUAGCGGCGGAACAAAAAGAUUUAACUUAUGUACAAAGGUUUCUCAAGGAUGCGGAGGCUGCUUACGAAGCAAAAGAUUAUCGUAAGGUUGUAUAUUGCAUGGAUCGCUGUUGCGACGUAAGCACAUCCGGUACGUGUUUCAAACUGACCAAAGCAGAGUGUUUAGCUCUGUUGGGAAGGUAUCAGGAAGCUCAAGAUAUUGCAAAUGAUGCUUUGCACAUCGACAAACAAAAUGCCGACGCUAUAUACAUCCGUGGAAUGUGUUUGUACUUCCAAGAUGACAUCGACAGGGCUUUCACACAUUUUCAACAAGUACUGCGACUCGCCCCCGAUCACGCCAAAGCAUUAGAAAUAUAUAAGAGAGCAAAAUGUCUGAAAAAAAAGAAAGAAGAGGGCAAUGCGGCAUACAAAAGGGAACAGUAUCAAGAAGCGUAUAAUCUUUAUAACGAAGCUCUGACCAUCGACCCGCGCAAUAUCAUGACUAAUGCUAAAUUGCACUUUAAUAAAGCAACGGUGGCAGCGAAGUUAGGUAAGUUAAGCGAGUCCGUAACGGAAUGCACGGAAGCUCUGACGCUCAACGAAAAUUACAUGAAGGCUCUUCUCAAGAGGGCGUCUAUUUACAUGGAACUCGAGGAAUUCGAGGAAGCGGUACGGGAUCUCGAGAAAGCGUGUAAAAUGGAUAAAAAUAAUCGAGAAACGAAACGGUUACUCGCAAAAGCGAAACUGAUGCUAAGAAAAUCCAAGAGGAAAGAUUAUUACAAGAUCUUGGGAAUUGACAAGAACGCAUCGCUUGAAGAUAUCAAAAAGGCGUACAGGAAACGCGCUCUAGACCACCAUCCAGAUCGUCAUGCUAACGCGAGCGAGGGGGAAAAGAGAGAACAAGAGAAGAAAUUCAAGGAAGUCGGCGAGGCUUACGGCAUUCUGUCGGAUCCCAAAAAGCGGUCUCGCUACGAUCGCGGACACGAUCUGGACGAUACCGAUGCUGAUUUUGGAGAUAUGGAUCCCAAUUCGAUGUUCCACUUUUUCUGCCAAGAAGGAGGCGGGGGUUUCCAGUUCCAGUUCCAGAACGGUUUCCCCGGGUCUUUUCAAUUCCAGUUCCCGGGUUAACGAUAUUUUUAAGACACAUAAGCAUGACACAUCGUAAUUUAAUAUAUGCAUAUAUAUGUAUAUACAUAUAUCAUACUCGACUCGUAUUUUACCGAAAAAUGUUAUGAAUUCUUUGAAUUCUUAAACUCACAAUGCAAUACGGUGUUAUUAUUGGCGUUUUGCAAUUUCGAGGCAUUGAAACUCAUCUCUGAUUGUUACGUACAUUUAUCUAUUUAAGUAUAGAAACAUUCUUGUAAAUAUUACAUUGCGAUACGGUGUAUCUUCGAUUUAAUGGAUGAAUUGAGCGAAAGAGGGUUAACGUCGCAGUGCAAGUGGGCAAUUGAGGCCCGACACACGCGUAUCUGGCGAAACCUUUGCGAAUAAAUAAGGGGAAGAGGUGUCCAUUAGAUUGCAGUAUUCUUAUCAAGGAGUCAAUUUAUUUUUUUUUAUUGAAGUUUAUUGCUCAUUAUCUCAUCGCAUGUGCAUUGAGGGUGUCAGUGUACUGCCAAUUUUAGCUUUUAUUUAUUAGCAUUGAUCAACGGAUCGCUGAAUCAUCGAUCUUCUAUCGAAUAAAACCGAGGGUUUGCUAUAAUUUCGCCGAUUGCUGCGAGAUAUGUUUAACGAUACAUUCGUCAUUGAUGAGAUUGUUAGUGAUACUAUAAAUUUGUAUCGACAUAAUAAUUCCCCCCUAGCUCCCCGUGACUGCAACUAUUUCUAUAAGUUUUUGAGUAAAAUGCAUUUGUUAUUGUAGAAUGAUUAACUGCAAUGUAAAUUAUACAUGCAACUUCCUUAUAUGUUUAUCUUGCGAUACCUACGUCGUUCCAAAAUUCUCCUAGAUCGUAAGCUACGUAGAUUGUUUUGUGUAGAUCUUAGAAUCCGCAAUGUAUUCAUUCCACAAAUUUUUCUACAAAUAUAUAAAUUAUAACAUA